GUGCUGAUCAUCCCCCGGCUCUCGGAUGGAUGAUGUGCACGUCGUGUGUGCGCACAUACAUGGCGUUGGGGGUGCGCAAUGCGGUGGCGCAUCGCGCACGACCAACGCCAAGAGCGCGCGCUGAUCGUCCACGUGCUUUCGAAUGGAGACGACACCAGCACCCUCGCGAUUGGCGCCGUAGAGCGCGCGCUGAUCAUCCACGUGCUUUCGUGUUUUAUCGAUAGCCGUUCCCAGCACAUGCGACAUGCGUCGCGCCGUGGCGGAUGUCAUGCGCCGGCAGCAAUGUGCCCCAAUGGCAGCCCCGACCGUGGUCGUCAACGGCCUAGACGUGGGCAGGCAGAACACCGAUCUACCUUGAAGAGAUGGCGCAACUCUUUGACGAGGGCGAAGCGCAGACGAUGGCGACCACGUGUCCAUGGGGAACGCGAAGACGGGGUGUCGAAACUCCGACAACUGGAGGGCACGAGCAGUCGGAAGGACGACAAUGACGAGACGGCGAGAGGAGACAGACGCUGUACCGUGAAGGACGGAAGCAGCUCGUUGGCGAGGGCAAAGCGUAGGCAAUGGCGGACACACGCUGAUUCAGAACGCAAGGACAGGGUGUCCUGUCUCCGGAAGGUGGACAUCAACUGGGAUGAAGCUGCCCACGCUCGGAAACACGUGGCGCGACUGCGAGGCAGCGAAGGCGAUGGCCGAUGUCGCAGAGGUCACAUCACGUUCGAAUGCGCUCGUGGGCGGGAGAUGCGAAUGGGCUGUACCAAACCCGAGGCCGCUCUGCGAUUCGUCGAGUUAGGUGAGGAAGCGACUGCAGUCCAGGGUGAGGAACGCGGUCGCUUCGAUGACAGCGAAGAGGAAGAAGAGGAGGACACGCGAGUUUCGCCGCAAAGACUCGGAGAUCGCGGGACGCUGAGAAUUCCGGGGGCUGAGAGAGGGGCAACGGUUGUCGAGCAGUCGUCGACGUCAAGUGGCCGUCGCGGCUUGGGUCGGAGGACACGACAGUUGGCGUCAUUUCCGGCGGGGAGGGAGGGGAACAACAGUCUACACAAAAGAGAAGGGGAGGUUCUGAGGGGGAGGCGCCGGGAGCUAAAAAGAAGCAGAAGACAAAAACCCCACAGCAGUCAGGGGGUAAAAGGAAGGGAGUUGAGGGGCAUGUCGGCGCGUCGAGCCAAAAGCGCCCGAUUCGUCAUUAACCCGUCGCAAGUCAUCGACAUCGGCGAGCGGGAGGCGGCAUACAACCAGCGUUCCUUGGAUCCCGUGCAAAUACGGGACAUUAUUGACGCAAUGACGACGGCCUACUCUCAGGCCGAGAAGACUUACGCGCUGCCGACACUAAAGUUCGCGCCUCUCGGGCUGGUUAAACCGAUGCCCGGGGUGCGGGCGGAUCGUCUGAAGCCGGAGGACUGGAAGGACGAGCUGGCAAGGCAAUACUACUACUACGCUGUGGCGGGCCAGCAUAACGCGGCUGCGGCCAGGGCGCUGCUUGGCACCGAUGUGGCGGUGAGGUACAGCUUCGAGCGCUGGCCUGCACGAAUGGUAUACUUCUCGGACGAGGACUUUGAGGGGUAUUUUCUGGUCAGCGCCGAGGACAACAAGAAAGACCUGAAGGCCCCUCCGAGACAGCCGAAACUCUCCAUGAGAAACAUUCGGUGGUGUUGGAAGGAAUUGGGUUACCCGAAAGCUGUUAUGGGUAACCCCAGCGAUAAACAGGCGCAGGUGGAGGCAUGGCGAAGAUUUUGUGCGGAGGCGCUCCACAGGACGUCAUAUAGUCACUUGUGGACUCUGGCCGAUGACAAGACCGAGCAAGGAAUCAAGAAACAGAACGCUGCCCUUCGAUCCUAUUUUCCGCUCGCGAUGGCAGGGAAAAGCGCAUGGGAAACCGGGAUGGAAUUUUUCGAGAGAUGGGAAACGGGCAGACUGCUGGCACCGGAAGGAGCGAAGUGGAUCGCGAAGAAGAAGAAGGUGCAGGGCCUCAAGCCAGGGUCCUCCGCGUUGGCGAAGCAAGGGAAGAUGGGGAUGCAAGAGGCAGUGCAACUGGUGAAGUGCGAUCGCAUAUUGGUGCGGUUGUGGAACUACUAUCAGUUCAAGCAUGAGAACCGGCCAGACAGUGACUGGACCACUAAGUACCCCUUCCUGAAAAAACGAGAGGCGAUUUUGGCAAAGUUUGAAGGGCAGGGGCUGGAUGAAGCGUUGUGGGACGGGAGCAAGAAACUUGUCAGCGACUCCUCCUUGUUCAAGGACUGUCCGCCCUACAUGGGUUGCGAGGACGACAAGUCGAUCAAGGCGACAGAAAAGCUAGUCCAAAACAAGAAGUUGCCCAUCGACUGGAAGAACAAGGUCCUCUCCGUGUUGACCGGCAGCAGGUCGAAAAGCAUGGAAGUCGCGCUGUGGAACGACUCGAAGGACGUCACAACUAUUGCCCCGUUCGGCGUCGACCCUUUGGAUGCGCAGAUGAAGGUCGUGGAGUUGGAGAGGGUGGUCGGAAUCACGAAAUGCCACACUGUCGGCCACAACUUGUACUCCUUGGACGACCGCAUGUACAUCCUUUUCAAAGGCGACGACUUGCGGGAGAACACAUCUGUUGUCUACGACGCGAGGUUGGCGGGGGGUGAUGCUGCCGCGGUGGGGGCACAUAAGAAAGUGACUCCCACGGAGAUAUCCGAGAUGCCGUUCGACGCUUGUGAAUGGCCCGUCGUGAUACAUGGGCGUGAUCCCGUGGUGUACAAGGGCCAUGAGCGGAACCCCACGCAAUUCACCCAUCUGCUGGAAUUCCUUUGCAAAAAGGGGGAGGGCAUCAUGUUCCUCGGGAAAGCGCACGCACAAGUCGUGUGGGAGGUUUUGAAGGGUGGUCGCAACGUCAUCGCGUUGCAGGGGAAUUCGGAGUGGUUGCAAUUCACGUUGGAUUUCCUGAAAACCACGGUCAACUCAGGAGCAUACCAGUGCGAGCUCAUUACGAAGAGUGAGAAGCCGAGACGCAUUUGGGAUCCUUCGAUGGACAUGUGGUUCAAGCUAAGCGCCCGGAAAAGGAGCAGGAUCUACGAGUUCCUCUUCUUGGAGAAGCGUCCUGCGAGGGGCACCGACAUCGAGUACAUGCGCCGCACGGAACACAUGUUGGCGCUGCUAGACAACUAUCACGGCGCCACGCGCCUGAACGCGAAGAACUUCCUGGACCGACUGGAGUUAUUGUACUUUGUCGAAUCCCAGCCGGUCCUGAGGCUCGAGAGUUACGGUUCCUUGAUCGACGCCGACGACGAGUCCCUCACCGGUGUUGUCUUUGACACCGGUGCACCUGAGGUGGAUAGCGACACCGAGGAAAUUGACAUCGACUACCGCCUUGCUCCGGUGCUCCCAUCCCCGGCCUCCUCAUCGGCGAGUCCCUCAACAAACCGGCCUGCACAAGCGACGCCCGUGCGGAGGACCCCUAGUAAGCUGUUGGCGAGAUUGACACCUCGGCCUGCUGCGCCUCCUCCUCUGCGUCCAGGGUGUCAAGUCCCCCUGCAACAUCCUUCUCGGAAGGAUGAGAGCAUCCAUUUCGAAGGGCACGACCACAGGCGUUCCACGGAGGCAGACUGGGGUCAUGACAUGAUUUGGCACCCAGGGACGAUCCAGCCCGCAAUUCAGAAGGGGGAGUGGGUCAUGGCCAUAGUCGACACUGACGGGGAAUGGAAGCCGUCCGAGCGCCUGGCCAAGUCCGACUACUUGGAUAUCGCGAGGAGUGUUGUGGUGGACAAAGUGACGUCAGAGAACAGCAACCUGCAGCCCGCCGACCCGUCCAUCAUUGCCACUGCUGAUCGCUUGUUUCGGGAACUUCAUGAUAAGCAGUGGUUGGAACUAUCUGACGAUUUCUACGACCUCGACACGAGCCCUUCGAAGAAGAAGAUGAACUGGAAAGUACCCCAGUCGACAGGGACCCAGGGUAGUGUGGGAGGAGGACCUCCGAGCCCCCCCACGGCCAGAGGGGGGGGAGGCAAUGGCCACGAGGAAGGAGGUGGCGGAGGCAGUGGCCAUACGACAUCAGGGGGAAGCGCGCCGGCAUCAUCGCCUGGCCUUGGCGGUCAGGGCAGGAUCGCGCACAGCGGCGUGGGGGAAGAGGGGGUGAACGUCACACACUCCCCGACAGCAGGGAGCGGCAAGUCAGGGAAGUUUGCCCGCAUCCGAACUUCGCAGACGGAGGACCCAGUGCCCGUGGAGGCAGCGAAGUCGGACGGCAUCCGCACUUCGACGACUCUGGAGCAGUCGGCCCUUCCCUCGUGGACUGCAUUCGGCUCCUCCGGUGAACUGGGGCAGGGCUCAUGUGCAGGGGAUCCUGUCUCCGCCGUGAAGGGCAAGUCCGCGGGCAUCCCUACCAGUGCGGACGAUGUUCAGGCGACGGAGAUGGGCGCCUCCCUGGCUGUGCGGGAGGCGACGCCACCGGCCCUUCGAUAAGGCCGAUCUGCGGAGUCACAGAGAGAGAUUGCUGGUGCAGCGCCGUCCGCCUUCCUUGCGACGAAGUCCGCCAGUA